GCAAGAAAAAAGAGAGGGAGAUGAAUGAACAAGGAUUCCUAGAGGAAUUAUUGGCCCUGAGAAGAGACAAUUGGGACACAGUUCCAACUGAAAUGAAUGCCAUUUUCUCUAAUGACUUCAACUUUGAUUGCUUUGAUGAUGCAGCAACUGCUGCCGGUUUUCUUCCUGAUUCCUUCUGCCAAGAAUUCUCAGUGCCUUUGGACCAAGAUUUGUGUUUCGACUUCAACAACGUUCCAUUCGGCGAUGAAUUCUCUGCAGCACCACAACUGACAGACGCAUCGAACAACACAUUCGAUACGCCGCCCUGUCCGGUUCAAGAAGAUCAUCACUGGUUGAAUAAUGUGGAGGAAGCAGAAUCCGGCUUACUCGUAGAUGAACUUCACAUGUUGGAUGUCCAAGCGGUAUCUGCUUGCAAAACUGAGCCUAUUCAAUCUCCUGAAGCGGUUUUCAACUUGAAGACCUGCAGUACUACAGACCGCAAUAAUCGAGCCAAGAAAUUAAAGGGUCAGCCGUCGAAGAAUCUAAUGGCGGAAAGACGGAGAAGAAAGCGACUAAACGACCGCCUUUCCAUGUUAAGAUCAAUUGUUCCUAAGAUAAGCAAGAUGGAUAGGACAUCCAUACUUGGAGAUACCAUAGAUUACACAAAGGAGCUUCUCGAGAGGAUUACAAAUUUGCAGAAGGAAAUCGAAGCAGGCUCAAAUGAGUUAAACAUGGCUCACAUUUUCAAUGAAAUAAAACCAAAUGAAAUCUUAGUGAGAAAGACACCAAAGUUUGAAGUGGAAAGAAGAAACGUGGACACGAGGAUUGAGAUUUGUUGCUCUGGGAAACAGGGAUUGUUGUUAUCAACUUUAACAACAUUGGAAGCAUUAGGCCUUGAUAUUGAACAAUGUGUUAUUAGCUGCUUCAAUAAUUUUGCAAUGCAAGCUUCUUGCUCAGAGGACUUGAAACAGAGGACAUUAACUAGUUCUGAGGACAUAAAGCAAACAUUGUUUAGAAAUGCUGGUUAUGCAGGAAGAUGUUUGUAGGAACAAAAUUAGACUACAAGAGAAGCAACUUUUUUGGU